AUGCCGCAAUACAGCGCCUGGAACCCUUUUGCCAAGCGCGAAAAUCAUACCGCGCAAUCCGUCACCACCUACAAGGUCCUCACCCUUCUGACCUGGUUGCUGGCCGUUCUUACAUCCGUCUACUACACUGUCGACGAACCUCGCGAUGGCUUCACCAUUAGGAGGAGAAUAUGGGACAUCAACGAACUCUACCCAACCGGCUUUACCCUGAACCCCAUUAUUGCUAGCAUCUACUGGGUUCUCGUCUUCCUAUUGCAAGUUGGCUAUGUCUCGCAGCUCUUCUCCAACGAUGCUGCCCGCGUCACCGCCGCCGCCAAUGUUGGCAGCCACUUUAUUCUGAACAACAUUCUCCACUUCGCUUUCAUCAUGCUCUUCAUCCGUUCCCGCUUCAUCUGGGCCGAAGUAAUCCAGGUCAUCAACUUCUUCAACUUGCUGAACCUUUACUUCCUCCACCGAACCGCCCCGCUCCUCAUCCACGUUCCCGUUGCCUCUGCUCCUCUCGCUUGGGCCUUUGUAGCCCUAUACUGGAACGGUGCUCUUGCGGUGCACCACCCUGACCACUUCCUUGGAAGGGUCUUUGCCAACAUCUUCAUCUGGUCCAUCCCGGUGUUCGGCCACUUCUGCCUCCUUAUCUUCAAGGACUAUACCAUCGGCUUCGCUCUCAGCAUUCUUUCUGCCGCCCUCGGCGUCGGGCAGUUUUUCCACCAGGUCAUCGCUCUCCAGUGGAUCUUUGCCUUUGUCAGCAUGGCCACUCUCUUCGUCAGCAGCAGCGCUGUCGCUAGUCGCGCUUGGGCUCGCCGUGAGACGACCAUUCCCGUUGACCAGGAACGUGCCCCUCUUCUUAACGACGAGAAUUAA